AUGACCGGAGUGGCCAUGUGCCUCUGGCUUCCAGUCGCGACCUCCUUCAUCUUCCCAGUAGACCACGAACACUCCUUCGAUGACCACCUCUUAGUCAGCACUGCAUCGUCCCUGAAGGGGCAUCUGGGGUCUGUGUUGGUUACCUUGAGCGGCACCCGAGAUCAUCAGCCGGGUACAAUUAAGUACCUUCAAGAGGCACUUGGACCAAUACAGAUCUCCAGCCUGGGCGGUCUCUCCUCAAAGCUCACCAUUUGUCUGAUUCAGGGCUCGUGGGAAACCCUUAUAACGCUCAACAACAUCUUUUGGAACACUGAAUAUUAUUACUUACUGAACUUCAUUGACGGCAAACAAGAGAUCGAUGAUAUUUUCUACCAUCUUUGGGACACUCAUCGAGUUUACAGAGUAUUUAUUGUUUCCCAAAAAACCUACACGAUUAAAAGCUUCGAUCCUGUACUCAGAAUAAUACACAAGGCACCUAUAGAGGUUUUUAUAAAUACUAACUCGUUGAAUCAAAGAUUUCCGGAUUGGAAUAUGACCGAUUUCUACGCAGUAUACGCUGGAUUGUAUGCCGACAAGCUGAGAGAAUCUCGUAGUUUUCUAGUUGACAGGCUUACCCUGGAAGCUUUAACAGAGCGCUUGAACAUGCGAUUGAAAAUAAAAAACACAACUGACGAUUCAAUCAAGUUCGGAAUUAGGAGUGAAAACGGGUCCUUCUACGGCACGUUCAAAGAACUCGUGACCUACACGGCGAACAUGACUGCUCAAGCUCACUUCAUCAAAAUACACAACAUUUUGGACAGUCUGACUUAUUCAGUACCCGCACGAGCGGAUAAAAUCUGCAUUGCUGUUCCAAGGUCAGAGCGAAUUCCUCGAUUUGUCGAGAGCUUCAACUCUGUCAACGUCACAGUCUGGCUUUCGAUAGUGCUCAUAUACCUGAUCACGAUGAUAACAUUGAGUUGUUUUAGGUUUUUCUUUUAUAGAGUGAACCGCCGAGUGAUUUACGAGACAAGCCUGCCGCUCACAAUGUUCGGUAUUUGCCUUGGCCUACCUGUGGACUAUAUGCCAAGAUUGCAUUUUGAGAAAUUGGUAUUGAGCUCCAUCUUGUUGGUCAGUUUGGUGGUUGUGAGCGUCAUGCAAAGUACACUUAACGCUAUACUCAGCACACCACCCUCCUUCUACAAGUUCCCGAACAAUAAAGACGAAUUCAACGAACAGAUGGUGAACGUUUGGACAUCCUCCAAGGAUUUGAUUGACUCUUACGUCGCAGCAGGUUACACAGGAGUGAAGUUUCAUCUGAAGACGGCAGCGGAGCAGAAGAAGGAUUUUCAUACUAUAAUCUAUAAAGGAGGAAUACUUGAGAAGAUGGCAGCUUUUUUACGGGCCAAGGAGUUGGAGUUCAAAUUUGUCAAGUUGCAAAUGACUGAAGCCUGCCCGGUGCAGCACAACAUAGCCUACCUGUACCCCAAGGGAUCGCCUUUCGAGGAGCCCAUUAACAGGAUACUGUCCGGGCUGGUCGAGUCCGGUGUAAUGUUGAAGUGGGAUAGAUCCGUUUACCAGUUCUCGAACAGAACAAUGCAGUUUGUCGGAAAGGUUCGAGAGGUGGUAGAGCUGAACCCACUGAGUCUAGAAGACCUUGGGACUCCGUUAUACUUCAGCUGCUGGGGAUUCGUCGUGGCUAUUCUUGUGUUCAUCUUCGAGAAAUUAAUCCAUGGAUCUAUGAAGAAGUUAAGGACUGAUCACUGUGAUUAA